UCAAAUUUCAAACUACAUGUGGAUAACUUAAAUUUCAGGCAAACCACAUAUGGAUAUGUUGUAAUUUACCCCCACAUUUAAUCAUUUAUCUACCCUCAAAGACUGCAUCCAAACAUGCUAUAAUAACAUCCCAUCCCUCUCGCUCUCUUUCCCUCUUCUUUCUCUGCAUGUUGACGUUUUAGAAUUUUUUUUCUUGGUUAUAUAGAUAGUGGGGAACAGGGAAAAGGGUUGAAGGGAAGGUGGGGUUGAUGUUUUGGAUUAAAGAAUAGCAAAACAGUAACAAGUCACAUUGUGUAGCAUACAACAGUGGCUUAGGAUAGUUAGAUUUGUGCACGAAGGGGUCUCCCGAACCACCCGUGAAUUGUCGAAAGAUCACUCUCUUUCUCCCUCUUGUGCAUGGCACAAUUUGCUCUUCCAAUCUUCUUCGGAGUUAGUCUCAAAGCUUUAAUAUAGUGCUAAGCUCCGAAGCCACAGAACCUUAAUUUGAUACCCUCUCACGGAUAUCCUUCCAAACACCAACUUUUAUACGAUAAAGUAUUGGCUCCCAUUUCAUCUAACAAAUAAUCAACCACCUAAUAAAACCUACUUCUUUUUCUUUUCCACUUCUCGUGAAGCAUCCCACAAUUUGAGACAAACAACUUGUAAAAAAUAUCAUAUAUCAACUAUAUAUAAUAAAACUUGACACUAAAGACUAGCCCUUGGACUAAGCAUAGUAUUUGCUAAUUAAGUCUUUAGAAGAAGCAAAAUGGAAAGAAGGCCAGCAUUUCCUAGUUCUUUUGAGACCCAUUUUAUAGAUAUCCAUGAAGUCUUACCCGAAGAAGAAGAUAAGGGAAAAACCCAAAAGAUAGAUAAAGCUGAUCAUAAGCGUAUAAACAGACCCAUCAAAGUUAGAGACACUAACAAGAGACCACAUAGGAGCUUAAACAGGCAGGUUUCUCUAGAGACGGGUUUUUCAGUGCACAAUUGGGAGUCCAAGGCCAAAGAUGAUAGGAGGGUUCUUACUAGAAGUGGACGAAGUUUAGGAGGAUUUGAUUCGGCUAACAGGAUUGGUUUGGGAGCACCGAAAGGCGAUUUCAGUUUGUUCAAGACGAAAUCAACUCUCAGUAAGCAGAAUCCUUUGUUGCCUUCAUGUAAAGAGAGGGAGACGGUGUCUCAAAGGAAUGAUGGUUCUACUGGGCUUGAUGACUCGGUUAAUGAAAGUGUUCCUGCUGGAAGAUACUUUGCUGCCCUUAGAGGACCUGAACUAGACCAAGUCAAGGACUACGAAGACAUUCUCCUCCCAAAAGAUGAGAAAUGGCCCUUCCUCCUCCGGUUCCCAAUUGGAUGCUUUGGUAUCUGUCUUGGCCUUAGCAGCCAAGCGGUCUUAUGGCGUACUUUGGCGACUAGCCCUGCAACCAAAUUUCUCCACAUUACACCAUUCGUCAACCUUGGCCUCUGGCUAUUAGCCCUUGCAGUCCUUAUCUCCGUCUCCUUUACCUACAUACUCAAAUGCAUAUUCUACUUUGAAGCUGUCAAAAGAGAGUUCUUCCACCCUGUCCGUGUUAACUUCUUCUUUGCCCCCUGGGUUGUCUGCAUGUUCCUAGCCAUUGGUGCACCUCCCAUGCUAGACCCUCAAAUCCUUCACCCUGCCAUAUGGUGCAGCUUCAUGGCUCCAUAUUUUUUACUCGAGCUGAAAAUCUACGGCCAGUGGCUUUCAGGUGGGAAGAGGCGUCUUUGUAAAGUAGCCAAUCCCUCUUCUUAUCUCUCAGUAGUUGGCAACUUUGUGGGUGCUAUUUUAGCUUCUAAAGUGGGGUGGAAUGAGCCUGCUAAGUUCUUGUGGGCAGUAGGCUUUGCACAUUAUCUUGUGGUGUUUGUGACUUUGUAUCAGAGACUACCAACAAGUGAAACAUUGCCUAAAGAGCUACACCCUGUAUACUCCAUGUUCAUUGCUGCUCCCUCUGCUGCAAGCCUUGCUUGGCAAACAAUCUAUGGCGAGUUUGAUGGCUUGUCAAGGACUUGCUACUUCAUAGCAUUGUUUCUUUAUGCCUCACUGGUUGUACGAAUCAACUUCUUCACAGGAUUUAGGUUUUCUGUGGCAUGGUGGUCAUACACCUUUCCCAUGACAACAGCCUCGGUGGCAACCAUCAAGUACGCAGAGCAGGUUCCAACAAUUAUAAGCAAGGGCCUUGCGCUUACCCUUUCUUUUGUGUCAUCAACAAUGGUGGCCAUCUUGUUCAUUUCCACCCUUCUUCAUGCCUUUGUUUGGCACACACUGUUUCCAAAUGAUCUUGCCAUCGCCAUUAAAAAGAGAAGACUUGUCAAAGAGAAAAAGCCCUUCAAAAGAGCCUAUGAUAUUAAGCGUUGGACAAAGCAGGCUUUGACGAAGAAUAGUUCAGUAAACAAGGAUUCUGACAAAGCGGGGCACUGAAAUGAUUCAAUCAGAAGCUAUAGUCACAAUUUCUGUAUCACAUGGAAAUAAUUUUCCCGACAAUGAUAAGCUUACUUAUAUG